GCUCCUACUUCCGGGUUAGCGGCGCGCAGCCGUACGCCGCAGCGGAGUCAGAACCGGAUCAGAAGGAUAACAGCAGGAAAUGAGAAGAGUGUGUGGAACACAGGAAGGAAUACUAGCGGACAUUCUCAGUCAGUAUUGAUUGUUAUUGAUCAGCGUAGAGCGGGAACCCUGUUAGCAUCCGGCCAGGUAGCCUAGCUUCCAGCAUGAGGCUCAAAGUGGGAUUCCUUCUUCGGAGUCUGCUCGUCAUAGGGACGUUUCUGGGUCUGGUGCUGCUCUGGUCCUCUCUGUCACCCAAACCCAACGACGAGAACCCGUUUGGAAAGAGGGAGGACAGUUUGCUGCCCAAGGGAGAUGUGGCAGGUCAGUUUAAGGCUGUGGUGCCCUGGCCUCAUGUGGAAGGGGUGGAAGUUGACCUGAACUCCAUCAGACUCAAACAUGGUGGGUCGGACCAUCUCCCGGACCAGCAGCCCAACCAGAAGCAGGUCAUCCAGCAGCAGUAUGUGACCUUUAAACCUCACACACAUGAUUACACCAACCCUGUUCUGAAGAAAGGCAUCCUGGGAAAUUUUGAGCCCAAGGAGCCCGAACCUCCAGGGGUCCCUGGUGGCCCUGGAGAGGCAGGCAAGCCAUUUGUUCUGGGUCCAGAGUACAAAGACUCCAUCCAAGCCUCCAUCAAAGAGUUUGGCUUCAACAUGGUGGCUAGUGAUAUGAUCUCACUGGACAGAACCAUCAGUGACCUGCGGCAUGAAGAGUGUAAGUUCUGGGAUUAUGAUGACAGACUGCUGACAUCCAGUGUGGUGAUAGUUUUCCAUAAUGAGGGCUGGUCAACGCUCAUGAGGACUGUCCACAGUGUCAUUAAGAGGACCCCCAGGAGGUACCUUGCUGAGAUCGUCAUGAUAGACGACUUCAGCAACAAAGUCCAUCUGAAGGAGCGUCUGGAGGAGUACAUCAAACAAUGGAACGGUCUUGUAAAACUCUUCAGGAAUGAGAAGAGAGAAGGACUGAUCCAGGCCCGGAGUAUCGGAGCCAAGAAGGCCACUAAAGGACAGGUUUUGAUCUACUUGGAUGCUCACUGUGAAGUUGGAAUCAACUGGUAUGCUCCGCUGGUUGCACCAAUUUCAAAAGACAGAACGGUCUGUACGGUGCCUCUGAUCGACUCCAUCCACGGACAGAGCUUCAUCUUGGAGCCCCAGGGUGGAGGAGACAGCGACGGCUAUGCUAGAGGAGCCUGGGAUUGGAGCAUGCUCUGGAAGAGAAUUCCUCUGGGAGACAGAGAAAAAAAAUUCAGAAAAACUCAAACUGAGCCAUAUAGGUCUCCAGCUAUGGCUGGAGGUCUCUUUGCCAUAGAGAGAGACUUCUUCUUUGAGUUGGGUCUUUAUGAUCCUGGACUUCAGAUCUGGGGAGGAGAGAAUUUUGAAAUAUCAUAUAAGAUCUGGCAGUGUGGUGGACAGCUGCUCUUUGUACCAUGUUCUCGGGUCGGUCACAUUUACAGACUUCAGGGAUGGCAGGGAAACCCUCCACCUGCACAUGUUGGAUCUUCACCCACACUGAAGAACUAUGUUCGUGUGGUGGAGGUGUGGUGGGACGAAUACAAGGACUACUUCUACGCCAGCCGUCCUGAAACUCUGACGCUGGCUUAUGGAGACAUCAGUGAUCUGAAACGCUUCAGGGAGGAACAUCGAUGCAAGAGCUUCAAAUGGUUCAUGGAGGAAAUAGCUUAUGACAUCCCACUGCACUACCCACUUCCUCCCAAAAAUGUUGAAUGGGGAGAGAUUCGUGGCUUAGACACCAGUUACUGUAUCGACAGCAUGGGACACAACAACGGGGGGAAUGUGGAAAUUGGCCCCUGUCACAGGAUGGGAGGCAAUCAGCUGUUCCGCAUCAAUGAAGCCAACCAGCUGAUGCAGUAUGACCAGUGCCUGACCAGAGGAGAGAGUUCAGCCGUCAUCAUCACUCACUGUGACCAGAAGCAGUACACUGAGUGGAAGUACUUCAAGGAUCUCCAUCGCUUCACUCACAUGCCAACAGGGAAAUGUCUGGACCGCUCCGACCUGCUGCACAAAGUCUUCAUAUCCGACUGUGACAACAGUAAAACCACCCAGAAAUGGGAGAUGAACAACAUCGUAGCUGUGUGAGGACUGGAUGAAGCUUCUGGAAGCUGGAGGACAAAUGUGGGCUUUUAUCAGAACCCCAUCCAUAUAAAAUGUUGAGUCUUUGGCUCAGCUGCACCUUCCAGCCGACUCAUGCCUUUAAUAACGUGAAUCCCACAGACGGAAGGAGGACCAGUAGGACCGCUGGACCGAACUGAAGCUUUCUCUGACCUUCUGUGAUGGUUGAGUUUACAUCGGUUCUCUCUUUGAUCUUUUGGGAAUUCUGCUCUUUCCUAAACUUUGAUUCGGGAAGUUCAACUUCAUUUUUCUGAUUAGCUCACUUACCAAAGAGACCGUGUGAGUGGAGGAGGAUUUACUGGGAUCAGAUGUGCUUGUUGUGGAUGGUACGAUAUCUGAAGUGGUCAGAGUCUGGAACCACCAAGCACUCACUGGUUCAUCAUCAUAUUCAUUAAGUUUUAUGAAGUUUUGUGUCUGUAAACAAUGAAAACGGAAAAAAAUCUGUUGGAUUUUGUGUCGCCAUUUUAGUCUCAUCAACUUCUGAACAAAUGAUGAAGGAAAAGUGAAAUAGAACAAAAUCCUGAAAGAAAACUCUCCAGUUCUUCAUAUCACUCCAGGUCUGUGCCAGGAACUGUCUGGACACAACUCAUUUUUUCUGACUGGUUAUUUUUCUGUUUCUUUGCUUUUAUUUCUGGGAAUAGCGGCAGACUUCAGGCUGCCGGCCUCACCGACCGUUUGCAGCCAGGUGACCGGGCUACUGUGACCAGGUGACCGUCUGGAAUAAAAAUAAAAAAAAAGUUGGGGUUGUUGGGACGGGACAGAUUCUGGUGGGGUCAUGAAAACGAGAUUUGAUGGUGUGGAUCAUGUUUUCAGCGUUUUUACAAUGUCAAAAGAAUUCCUUUUAAAGAUGAUGGUGUGUGUUAUGUGAAGGGCCUGAAUGAUGUACAUAUCUAAUUUAUAGCAGAGAUUUAAUAACGUGGGCCAUAUGUUUGGUGACUGAGGAAAUUAAAGACUUUUGCUACA